UUCGCCCUAAGUCAGCUGGGAUAGGCUCCAGCCCCCCCGCGACCCUGCAGAGGAUUAAGCGGCGUACAUAUAAUGUACAGAUAAUGGAUGGAUGUUGAUAAUUUCCCUGGUAAGCUAUUAAGGAUCAGUACAAGAGGAGUUAGCCUAUGGUUGUCACACUUAACUGUUUCCAGAUAAAUUGAUAAAUUUCUUGUUCAGACGUGGUCUAAAACAAAAAGAGAUCAGAAGUGCGCUUUUGUCUUGUGGACACCAAAUCAGAUUUUCUAGAAAACUUCUUUGGCUGAAGGUGGGCACGUCAAACCGGAAGCAGCGAGUUGUGGCGAGAUAUUUUUAUGAUGCAGUACAGGACCAGCGUGGAUGUCCUUCCUUGAUUUGGAGUGACAGAGGGAAGGAAAACCAUCUUGUAGGUCAAAUGCAGAUUGCAUUUCAUAUGCGCAAGCUGGGAAACCAGGCACGGCUGCGCUUUAGAAUGGGGACAUCUGUCCAUAAUCAGAGAGCGGAAAGCUACAACAGCAUCUUAAAGAGGACGUGGAUUAAGAAAUGGCUGACAAAAUAUGAGGCCAUGAUGGAGUCUGGCAUUCUGGAAUUGGACAACGCAAUACACAUUAACUGCUUGCAGUAUACCCACCUGCCACUGCUCCAGGAAGACCUGAAAAUAGAGCAAGUACUGUGGAAUACGCAUGACAUACGCAAGCAGCGCAAUGCUCCAGGUCCUUUUGGGAAGCCAGACAUUCUCCACUCCUUACCACCUCCUGGCUAUGGCGACAUGUUGUGCCCAGUUGAUGAAGAUCUCUUGGACCAUGCAAAAACCCUCAUCGGGGAAAGAGAGGAAGCAUCACAAGUGGCAAACCAGGAGUUUCGGGACAUAUGCCACACCAUUUUACAAAAAAGUUCCUUUCCUGGCACAGCAGAUGGUUGUCUUGCCGCUUACCUGAUGCUGGUCCAGGAAUUCACUGCUGCCAUGAACAGCAAUGACAUUCAAACACCCCGAACAUUUCAGGACGCGAAUGAGGUGUACAAAGUAUUACACAGACAUAGAGUGGAGGUGAAUCACUAAAGAAUUAUAGAUGGGUCGGGUAGCUUUAAAUGUACAAUGUUUCUUCAGUGUUGAGGCUACAUUUUGACUAAAGUUGUGAAGCUGUAGCACGUAUGGUUGAUUUGUUAUGAAUUUUCAAAGUUUUGAACACUUGCUGUAGCGCCACUAUCAGGACUAUUGUGUUGAGUCUACAGCUGAUGUAAUCUGGCAUGGGACUGGACCUUUGUGCAAAGUUUGGUGAGUUUUUAUCCAUGGGAAUUAUGAUUUCCUCGGAGGAAGAAGAAGAAGAAGAAGAAGAAGAAGAAGAAGAAGAAGAAGUAAAUAACAGAUGUUUUAAAAUGCCAUUCUUGCAUUUGCUGCAAUGUUCACGAGAGCACAACUCAAAAUGCUCUCAACAAUCCAGUUUUUGAGGUAAAAUUCUGAUAUGUAUUUGUCAAACAUCAUCCACCAUGAAUGAAACUUUAUUAAUUUGUUUCAUGAAGCUCAUGUGAUAUUUUGAUGCGUCCUCAUCGCCACCCUUUUUGGGUCUUGAACCCACAUCCUCUUACACGAAGAACUAGCUCCUAACUCACUGAGCUAAUUGUCUUUAUAUGAGUCCUGAGGGGUAUUGUACAAAAAUAAAAUAAGGGAUUAAGCCUGGAUUUUUUUUGGUUAUUCUGGCUUAAUUUAGCCUCAAGUUGGUUGCAUGAAAGCAGGUCAAAUCUAUCCUGAUCAAGUUGCUAUGGUGAUUUAUUCUCUGCAGCUAGCCUGCUCCAGAUCAGGCUAACCGCCAGGCUAA